AUGCGUCUGCGUUUCGGGUCUGGGGAUCUCGGGCGUUUGUCCGCGACUUGUCUGCGGACAAGCUGUCCCCCCGUGCUGUUCCCUGCGUCGUCCUUGGCUUCCCCCCUGACGCGCCUGGGUGUGUCCCAGGUAGACGCAGUCGAGCCUGUCGAGGUAGCUGUUGACUCUGGUGUUGCUAGAGGUGCUGAGCCUGCGGGUGCCGGGUCUGGGGGUGCUGAGUCCAGGGGUGCGGAGCCUGGGGGUGCUGAGCCUGGGGGUGCUGAGCCUCGGGGUGCUGAGUCUGGGGGUGCUGAGCCUGGGGGUGCUGAGCCUGGGGGUGCGGAGCCUGGGGGUGCUGGGUUUGCUCGUGUGGCCUCUCGCGGUGCUUCGUCGAGGCGGGAGCCACUCUCUCUGCAGGAGCUGCUCGAGUGGUUUACCUGGCGCUGGAGCCGUUCUGCUGGAGCUGGAGAGGUCCUGCUGAAGCUGCUGGCGGUACUGGAGCUGCCGGUCCUACUCGAGUUGGUGCUGCUGGAGCUGCUGGAGCUACUUGUGCUGGAGCUGCUGGGACUGGGGGUGCUGCUGGGGCUGCUGGAGUUAGUCCUGCUGGUGGUACUACUGGAGCUACUGGCGGUGCUGGAGCUGCCGGUCCUGCUGGAGUUGGUGCUGCUGGAGCUGGAGCUGCUGGAGCUUGAGCUGCUGGGGGUGUUGGCGCUGGUGGUUGUGCUGGCGCUAGUGCGUCUGAGGGUGCUGGAGUUGGCGAUGUUGAAGCUGGAGGUGCUACUGUCCCAGUUACAGCCCGCCUCCCCCCUGCCUGCUCCUUCUCCCUACACUGGUCCUACUGGAGGUCUUGCUGAGCGUCGUGAGCCUGUGUCUCGUCCUGCGUCGCCUGUUUGUGCUGCUCGCACUAGUCGUCGUGCUCCGCGUCCGCGUCCUCCUGCGGUCCCAGGAACACACCAGAUGGCACUGCGUCCUUCCACUGCUCCUCUGCGUGUCUCGUUGCCGUCUCCUCCAGAGUCCUCUCUUCCUGUCCUUGCUGACCCGGAGUCUGACUCUCUUCAUACUGCCAGUCCUACUGUCACGUGUCUCCUGGCUACUCUUGUCACUGACCCUUCCUUUGAUUCCACUGCUGCGUCGGCCCUAGUUGCUGAGCUUGUCGACUUUGCUUCUCGCUGUCGUCUAGACUACGCUGGUAGUCUUGUUGCUGAGUCUGAGUUUGUCUGUCCUCCGUCCGUCGGGGGUGAGUGUGCUCUUAGCAUGGACAUCCUUGAGGACAGGCAGGAGGAGUUCCAGUGCUUUGCCGCUGCUUCACCUCAUCUCGUGUCCACGCUGAUUGCCCCUGAGGGAGACCCGGAUGCACCAGACAUCCCGAUUCCUCGAUCGUACGCUGAGGCGAUCGAGGGUCCCUACUCCUCACAGUGGCAGUCACCCAUGGACGCAGAGAUGGCUUCAUGGAAGUCCACAGGCACCUACGUCGACGAGGUUCCCCCACCUGGGGCGAACAUCGUCCGUGGCAUGUGGAUUUUCAGGGUGAAGCGGCCGCCGGGUUCUCCGCCUGUCUUCAAGGCGCGUUACGUGGCUCGAGGCUUCAGUCACCGGCAGGGAGUUGACUACUUUCAGACCUUCUCUCCCACCCCGAAGAUGACCACUCUUUGGGUGCUGCUGCACAUAGCCGCUCAGCGCGACUACGAGCUUCACUCUCUUGACUUCAGCACAGCUUUCCUGCAGGGCAGCCUGCACGAGGAGAUCUGGCUGCGCCGCCCACCUGGCUUCACUGGGUCGUUUCCCCCUGGUACCCAGUGGAGCCUCCGGCAGCCAGUCUACGGUCUCCGCCAGGCGCUCCGUGAGUGGCACGACACAAUGAGGACUACACUUGCAGCUCUUGGGUUUGCUCCUUCUAUUGCCAACCCGUCGCUGUUUCUGCGCACCGACACCUCUUUGCCGCCGUUCUACAUCCUCGUGUACGUCGACGACUUGGUCUUUCCCACUGCUGACAUUGCAGGACUAGCCCACGUGAAGUCCGAGCUGCAGAAGAGACACACGUGCACAGACCUGGGUGAACUGCGCAGCUACCUUGGCUUGCAGAUCAUCCGGGACAGAGCACAGCGCACCAUUACCCUGACUCAGUCACACAUGGUGCAGCAGGUCCUUCAGCGCUUCGACUUCACGUACUCCUCGCCUCAGGCCACUCCUCUGUCUACUCGCCACUCGCUCUCAGCUCUGCCUUCGGAUGAGCACGUAGAGCCGAGUGGCCUGUACCCAGAGCUUGUUGGCUGCCUCAUGUACUUGAUGACCUGCACACGACCUGACCUUGCAUACCCUCUUAGCAUCUUGGCACGCUAUGUUGCUCCUGGGAGACACCGACCAGAGCACAUGGCUGCAGCGAAGAGGGUGUUGCGCUACUUGUGCAGUACGUCGAGCAUGGGGCUAGUGCUUGGAGGGCGACAUUCAGUGGUCCUCACAGGUCACGCAGACGCUUCUUGGGCUGACGACCAGGCUACGCAGCAGUCGUCACAGGGUUACACCUUCAGCCUUGGUUCCGGCUCUCUUUUGUGGCAGUCUACCCGCUCGUCUUCUGUUCUCGGCUCCAGCUGUGAGGCUGAGAUCUACGCUGGGGCCAUGGCUGCACAGGAGCUACGCUGGCUCAACUACCUGCUGACUGACCUUGGAGAGCCGCCUCGUUCUCCUGCAGUUCUGUACGUAGACAACAAGGCCAUGCUGGCCUUAUGUUAA